AUGAGUGAAGAUACCCAGAACCCAACUCGCCCUGGUUACCAAGGUCAAAGUCAAGGUCACUCAGACGAUAUAUCAGGCACCCAUCUCGACACCUCAAGUUCAGACCAGACCUCGCAGGCAGAACAACACAACAUGGAGUUUGCGCCGAUGCCGUCUCAAUACUUCGGUCCACCUCCCAUCACACCGUUUGACAUGCGCCACAUGGCCAAUACUCUGCCAGAUUAUUCACAGCCGCGUUACAAUCAACCGCAACAGAUGCAUCGGUUCACACAAGCACCCACGCUUGAUCCCAGCUACGCAUAUUCAUCACCACCGAACCAUCAAUUUGCGAGUCAAAUUGCAGGUCAAUACAUGCAACAAUUUCCACAGAACAUGUCUUCACAAUCGAGAUCAUUCUCGGGCUACAACACAUCAAUGGGAGGCACCACAGCUGACCUGCAGACUCGGGGUCAGAUGUACGCCCCUCAGCAGCAUUUUUCGUACAACAACAGCAUGCCUCAGCAGCCACAAUAUACCAACUUUCAAGGUCACCAACCUUCACCAUAUAGUCUGAUGCCUGCUUCUAGCUAUCAGCAUCGUGUAGGCGCACACUAUCAGAUGCCACGUCUGCAGGUCGAAAGCGCUCAAGGCACAUACGGUAUGCAAAUGUACUCACAAAGUCCUCAAGGUAAGAAGUUCGCUAAAUAA